UUUGACAACCACCACCACGAAAAUGUCAUUUAUAAGUGGCAAAUUCAAACCGUGGGAUUUUAAAGGAAAAUUACAAAGUUUGACAUGUAGUGAUUUAGUGAGAAUAAUGAUUUUUCGAAAAUGUUGUUUUUGUGUGCCUUUACGGUGUGGUGCUGCUAUGUUACUUGUCCUCCAAAUGGAAUCAUGAUCCUUUUGGCAACAGCUGCAGUGAUAUUUAUGUGGGCUAUUGUAUGGGAAAAACCUAAAUAUCUUUAUGCAACACUUGGAUUAUCACUGGGAUCCAUCAUUUUUUAUUUUGCCACAAUAGAUUACGACUAUUCUUUUAAGACAUCAACAACACCCACAACAAAGAAAGAAGGAACUGUUCAUUUAAUCCUCUUGAUUAAUAACACCACAGGAAUAUUAACAUAUUUUUAUUUUAUUUUUAUGUUAUACAAUACAUAUGUUAAGUUACAACAUAAAGCUAGAAAAAAACAACAAUCUACUGUACUACCACAAUAAACCAUUUGUUAAUGUGUCCGGUUUUGUCUUUUUACCACGGUCGGACUUUGCCUUGAGUUGCGUGAGUUAAAAUCCAUGUAUUUUUCGGGUCUUUAACCAUUGACAUUUGUUUAUGUCUACCGUGAGUUUUACAAAGGACAUAAAGACGUUGCUCUCGCAUCACAAAAUAGCAGUCUUUACAACGUCUAUGCAGCUUUCCUUUUACUUUGAAACCACAACACUGUGUUUGGUUGUAAUUCACAGCGGCUAAAAGUUUGCUCGGUGAUGUUGCAAUCGACGGCGUAAAUAUGUGAUAAUUCUUGGAAGUUGCAACAACAACAAAGGGGCACUUUCUAAUCACAUUAAUUACAUUUCGAAUGAGUGGAAACAUUUUGUGAAAGAUGAGGUUAGAAAACCGCUUAGGGAUUUAUCAUUAGAAAAGUUACUAGGAUUGGUGACAGACACUGCUGACUGUCACUGCUUGUCAAUGUAACAUAACCCAAUUUUUUUAUUGUUAUUUUUUUUAACGAUGUUUAUUUACGAUAUGCCGUUUCUCGAACGUAAAAAACUCUGUAGUAUUUUGGAUCGGAAUAAUUGCUUUGAGGAAUUAGCUGCGGUUCAUAUGCAAUUUGAUUCUGAGACGGUCCAAAAAAUUAGUCGCGAAUUUUUCAGAGGCAUUUCCCCAACUGAAAAACUCCUCGACUUAUGGAGUCAUCACAACCAUACCGUUUUUGAAUUGUUUAUUCUCUUGUAUCGAAUGAAACAUUAUCAAGCCAUGACAAUCCUUAAACCACUUGUCGAUUCAAAAUAUCAUCAUUUGAUUAAACAAAGUACUUGUCUUCCUGAAUUAAUGGCCGAUUUAAAAUUAGAACAAGAGCCAAUAACAAGUGAAAAAAUACUAAACGCUCCAAGUUGUGAAAACAAUGAAACAAAGCCCCAAAAACCAAACGGAAUCUCGCUUAUUUCUUGUGUGACGGAAUCUGUGGGAGCUGUUCCUCAAAUUCCCUAUGAUGAUUUAAGACAGUCAACAAAUGAUUGGAACACUGGAUCGAUUCUGGGUCGUGGAGGCUUUGGGACGGUAUUUAAGGGUGUUUGGAAGUGCACUCAAGUUGCUAUUAAAAGAAUUGAGAAAAAAGCGGAUGACAAUUCGGAUCAAAUUUUUCAAUCCUAUACAGAAUUACAUUGUUUGAAUGCAUACAGACACGAUAACAUUUUGCCACUUUACGGGUAUAGCAUUGACGGACCUCAGCAUUGUUUGGUAUACCAAUACAUGUCCGGGGGUUCCCUCGAGCACCGUCUCCACAUUCGUGAUGCGUCACGUGUCCUUUCAUGGCCAACUCGUCUCACAAUCGCAAUUGGAACCGCUCGAGGUCUUCAAUUUCUACACACAAUUCGUGACAAACCGCUUAUUCAUGGCGACAUCAAGUCUGCCAACAUUCUUCUCGACCUAAACGAAAUCCCUAGAAUUGGGGAUUUUGGUUUAGCUCGUGAAGGGCCACCACAAACCGAUUAUGUUAAAGUGAGUCGUAUUCAUGGAACGAGGCCGUAUCUUCCUGACGAAUUUAUGAAAUAUAAAAAAUUUUCGACCAAAGUUGAUACUUACAGUUUUGGAGUUGUUUUAUUCGAAUUGGCGACAGCUGGAGCUGCUUAUUCAAAUAAAAGGGUGAACAAGUUUUUGAGAGAUCAUGUCGUGUUUUGGGAAGGUGAUGUGUUACAAUUGAAAGAUUCAAGGGCUGAAGGAGGAGAAGAUUUUUUUAAGGGAUUAGUGGAAGUUGGAAAAGGGUGUGUGAGGACGGGGGCAAAGGACCGACCGGAAAUGGUUACGGUUUUAUUGCAAUUAGAAGCUGUGAUGAAUCAAUAAAUUUUUACAUACAUUUUUUACAA